AUGAAAUCACUCAGCUUGGACUCACCAGAAUCGUCCGAAUUGCAUGGGCAAAUACGGCGGCGCCACCCAGGACCGGCCCCCGGUCACGGCGGUGGCCAUGGAGGUUCUGGUGGUCACUUAGAACACAGCACGCCGCCAUCUAACAAUAGUAGAUUACACUCUCCCUCUAGCCCCUCGGGAACCCAGCGGAAAUUCCUGUACGCUACACGUGGCAUGAAGACCGGAUCCGUCGAUUUGCCAGAUGAAAUCGAAAAGAGUCUCUCCUCGGCCAGCACCUCGCCCUGCCCAUCGCCAGUUCGACAGAACCAGAAAUCGCAUCGUCUUCUACCGACAAAUCUUUACGUGGUGCUCUACAACUUUAAGUCACGACAUCAGGAUGAGCUGGACCUUAAGGCGGGCUACAAGGUCACCGUUAUUGAUACAUCCGAUCCGGACUGGUGGAAGGGCAAGUGCCUUGGAAAGGUUGGGUACUUUCCCUCCAAGUACUGUGCCAAGCUGGCGGCGUCGGAAAAACCGCUGCAGGUCACGCACAACCUUCAGGUGACGGACAACGAGCGGGGCGAAGGCACACUAACGCUGCUGCGUGACCAAAUCGUCAUACAGGUUGGCGAAGAGCUGAACGGGAUGGUCAUGGUACGUUCGGCCGACAACCGGCAGGGCGUGUGUCCGGUCAAGUAUCUGCAGGAAUGUGCCGCAUCGGCCGGUAGCCUUUCCCGAUCGAGCCGAAAGGAGGCGGCAACGGCGAGCGGUAGACAGCGGGUGGCGGACGAAGAGCGCGAACACAAAGACCAGUGUCACACCGGUGGCCACCAUUACCAUCGCGAAAGCCGCAACAACUUUCACAAAACGUACGACCGCAGCUGGGAGAAGUGGGAAAAGUUCCGCGAGAAAAAGAUGGAGAUGAUGAAGGCUCACAAGUACAACGUGGAGCACCGGCUCAAGUACGACAACCAGGAGCGCAUCCUGUACCGGCACCACUUCAACUACUAUCCGGUGAAGCGGCCGCGCCCUCGCAAAACAUCGCUCGAUCCGAACUGGUACACGGAAAACAUCUACUCCAACCAGUCGAUCGACAACUCGGACGGUGAGCACGCGGGCAUGGGGACGGCUUUCGGUGGUUCGAGCGCACCGGCCGACCGCCAUCGAGACAUCAACGGCAACGUGCGACUGGGCGGACUGGAAGACGAUGGCAUUUUCACGAUCGAUGGACAUCUGGAGCGUCGGAGCAACUAUCCCAAGUCGAGCAGCUGCUGCUUCGCCACCAACCGCAUGUGGGACAUCGAGGAGGGCGAUGGGCUCGAACUGGACGAUUGGCACGAGCGGUACCCGAAGAUUCCCAAGUCUUACUCCUUCAGUACCUCGCGCAGUAUGGGCGUCGGGUUCAACAUGGCGAAGCUCUACAAUCGCAACAGCUUCGAGAUGCCCGAAUUCCCCAGCCACCGACGGCGCCCGACCCCGGCGGCUCCCGGCUCCGAAGGGGCGGCACGGGACCCGCGCACGAUCCUGCGGAUGUGCGAUCGCGAAGGGUGCUUCAACGAGACGUGCUUUAGCAAGGACGAGAAAAACUUUUACAAUAAUAAUAGCAACAUUAUUAGCGAGUGGAACUUGCGGAACCGCAACAACCUGCGCGUCCGGGCGGAACCGAGCGUGGCCGGAGGAGCCGGCCCCCGGGCGCAGUACGUGAUGGAGGAGGACUUUGAUCUGUUCGACGAGGACGAAGAUGAAGUGGAGGAGGUGGAGGAGGAGGACGAGGAAGAGGAGAGCGAUCUGAACACGCUGUACGCCGACGAUCGCCACUCGAUCGCGUACGGCGACUACGGCCGAGUGGCGCGUGACUUUUGCGCCCGCACGCCGGCUGGCCACGUCGAUGAGCUGUUCCGUGCGGAGCGCUCGAAGCAGCUGCUGCGGAGCAAGUUCGAUCGGGUGGCCAAGUAUUCGGACGACUUUACCGACGACUACCGCAAGUCGUUCGAGGACUUCUUCAACCAGAACUGCUGUAUCGAGCGCCAUCACGGGCAGCUGAAGGACAGUGGGCGCUUCUUCAACAAGCCACCGGUCGUGAAGAACAAGAGCAUGCUGGAGGUGAAACCACCGAACCGCUUCGACGACUCAUCGUCCGGCUCGACCGAUCUCGAGCUGGACGACUUUAACUUCGACUUCGAAAAGUACUGGGAAGAGCUGGAGAAACCGUCGCCCACGUCCCCGAGCGAGCUAGAGGAGCGGUUCGGUGGCAAGGAAGGGCGGAGCGCGCUGGCCGCUCCCGGACGUAGCGGCAAAAAGGUGAAGAACGUCAAUCUGAGCCGCUGCUACAACAAUGGAACUGUGAUCGAUAUUUACCACGACGACGAUCCGUACCACCGUGACCACUACCAUUACCGCGAGGGAGGCCUCCACGGGGCUAGCAAGGCCACCAACCAUGCGCACAACGCGAACAACAGCGGCCAGUUCCGACAUAAGGUGUACCCUGCCGCGGGCGGACUUGGGCGGACACUCGAGGCGUCAUCCGGCACCGCCAUCGGCAACAACAGUAACGCGAUCAGCUUUCUCAACAACAUCUUCUCCAUCUAUAAACCGAACAAAUACUCGCCCCUGAACUGCCACGUCGAGCAAAACUAUCUGAAGAACAUCCCGGCCAAAAAGAUGAACAUCGUGGCCAGCUCGGCGGCGCGACCGCUCGGUGCGCGCGGUGCCGAGGCAGCGGCCUCGGACACGUCGUCCACCAAACGGCCGCUGACGGUGCACCCCGCAAAGGCGCAGACCGGCGCCGCUAGCGGGGCCAGUGCGAGACGCGCGGCGAGACCGCCGUCGUCGACCAAGGAUCCACAGGCCCGGUUCCAGAUCAUCCCGGACAAGACCGGUGUCAAAAUAUCGCCGCUGUACCGGCUGGAUGCGCAGGAUUACCGCAGGGCGCGCUAUAAACUGAAGAGUACCUCGCGCCCCCUGUCUUUCUGGUGA